CGGAAGUCCUUUAUGACUGCUUCUCUGCUGCAAAUGGAACAUGUGAGUCUAUUCCAGUAAACUGGGAAUAGUUUACUGACUCCUGAAACUGAAAACUCCUGAAAUCAAUUUUUCAAUCUGUAGAUUUGCACCUCUGGCCUACUUUUGUCCAACAGUACUGACAGCUAUCUGAUUAAGUCUGGUUGCUCGCAUUGCCUAUAAGAUGCUUCAAUUCUGAGGAAAUGCCAGAAAGCCGUGGGCACACAGGUGAAGAGCUGCCACUGUUACCUGUGUGCUGUAUCCACAUUACAGGGUAGCCUACCAAAACACCAGUCAACAAAAAAGUGGGAGAGGGAGAGGGAAGAAAACCAGUCCAGGCAAUUCAUUUGGCAAAGGUGGAUUGAUUAACCAGAGACCAUAUGUUCAAAUGCCUGUAUGUAUAAAUUACAGCCACAUGUGAGUGCUUGGCACUAUAUACCUACACUCUUUCCUUGUCAUGAUGACAGCCUACCCAAAACAGCAAGAGCGACACAAUGUCAAUGUACAUACGAUCAGCAGCAAUAUGGGUAAUUCUAUGGGUAACCCUAACUACUUUCAGCAAUGAACCCUUAUGGUGCUUUGAACAGAGGAUCAAGGCCUGUCUUUUCAACCCCACCUCCACUCCCUACCCUCCCCACCCCCCAUGCUUCUUUUACUUCACACUGCUUAUUAUUCAAGACUAAGAAAAAAUAACUAAGAAAAUAACUACUUGGUUUAUCUGUUAGUCUGUUUAGUCCAUUAGUCACUACAUAUACCACAGCACACCAAACCUGUUGUUAAAAUAGCUGUUACAGUACGUAACCACAUAGAGCUAAAGCUUAGACAAGUUAAUCUGGGCAUACCAUCCGCAAAGAAAAAGUAGAGCAAGCCAUGGACAUUACUAUUGGACUAUUUACUCGGACACCACACUGGCCGUGGUUGAGAGGCCUGAGGCAGGAUUUGAUUAGUAAAAGACAGGAAUGGUGACAGGACUAGAUGAUAGGGCUCUGAGGUCAAAGAGGAGGUAUUUCUCCAUGGUUACAAAUUUGGUAAAGGCUGUUGUACAUGUUGUACUUCUCACAAGGGUGUUUUCCAGCUUUGUUUUACAUGCCAGCCAUUCUAAGACAGUAAGAGCAUAGGCAUUGUGGAACAAACACCUUUUACUUGGUUUACCAUAGACAAUCAUCAGAUGUUGUAGGCGGUUCACAGGGGCUCAUGUCUCAUGCAAAUACUCAUUCCUGUCAGCCCUCUGAAGCUAUAUAUGAAAUGACCACUGGGUGGAUUUGCAGGUGAGCCAGAAGGACAGAUAGCCCAAGCUGCCUGAGCAGAUAGGCAUACCCACGCACCAAGCAGGAGUCUAGGAGCAGAAAAUAUCAGUUAUGGUGACAGAAUUGGGUUCUGUGUAGUGAUGCUAGAAGGAUUAAGCCAUGGGAUUGGCCAAGCAGCUGAACAUGAUGGCUCUGCAGGGGCAGAACAAGAGGGAAUGUAGUUGCUGGCUGAAUAAAGAGCAGAGCUUCUGCCAUGGAUCAGCAGCUGCUGUCAUCUCAGCAUAACAAAGAAUGUCCCUGUUCUGCUGAGUUUACUGUCUGAGCAGAAGACCUAAGAGGGAAGCUGGGGGCUUACAAAUCUUGCAGAUUGAGUGGAAGACAGUGUGAAAGGUAAAUGGAGGAUUUGGAGACUAACUUAAUCCAGACACGUAAAGCAUGUAGAAUAGAGCAAAUGGUAGCGAAAUGGCUUCAUCGCUCCCGGGAUGGUGCAUCAAGUGGCAGAGUGCCUGUGACAAAUGUCACCAGGGAUGGCAGUGGCCAGCCUGCCAGCCAUGUCAAGCUCACUGUCACAGUGUACAAAGACUUGGUCCUCCAUCACUAUGGCUUUGAGAUUUGCCCAAACCUUCCUCUUACAAUUGCAUCUGUCACUGCAGGGAGCACUGCUGAUGGGAAGCUGCUGCCAGGUGACCAGCUCCUCCGGAUAAACUCCACCAUGGUAGAGGACAUGUCCAUUGAACGGGUGGCUGACAUGAUCAGGGAGGCUGGUGACGAGCUCUUCCUAACCGUCCUGCGCAGUACAUCGGGUGGGCCUAAGUCAUCGUUCCUCACUGCAGAGAAGAGGGCGAGGCUGAAAACAAACCCUGUGAAAGUACGUUUUGCAGAGGAAGUGCUGGUGAAUGGACACACACAGGGGAAUUCUCUUCUUUGUAUGCCAAACGUUCUCAAAGUAUACUUGGAAAAUGGGCAGACAAAAGCUUUCAGGUUUGAGACAAGCACUACUGUAAAGGAUAUUGUUCUCACCUUGAAGGAGAAGCUCUCUAUUCGGAGCAUUGCACACUUCGCCCUCACCCUGGAGGAGCAGUACAAUGCAGCAAAGGUCCACUUGCUGCAUGAGGAGGAGCUCAUUGAGCAGGUGGUCCAAAAAAGAGAAUCCCAUGACUACCGGUGCCUCUUCAGAAUUUGCUUUGUCCCAAAGGAUCCCUUAGACCUCCUGCAGGAAGACCCAGUUGCCUUCGAAUAUCUCUACCUGCAGAGCUGCAGCGAUGUGCUUCAGGAAAGGUUUGCUGUGGAAAUGAAAUGCAGUGUGGCGUUACGUCUGGCUGCUCUACACAUACAAGAGAGAAUCUAUGCUUGUGCUCACCCACAGAAAGUAUCCUUGAAAUACAUUGAGAGAGACUGGGGAAUUGAAAACUUCAUCUCACCAACUUUGCUUCGAAACAUGAGAGGGAAGGAUAUCAAGAAAGCCAUCAGCUACCAUAUGAAGCGGAACCAGAUCCUGCUGGACCCUCGGCAGAAGCAUAUGCUCACAGCAGUCCAAGUGCGUCUGAACUACCUACAAAUCCUGAGUGACCUGAAGAUGUACAAUGGGAAGAUCUUUAAUGCCACCCUGAUGCUACAGGACAGAGAAUCAUACGUUGCAUUGCUGGUGGGUGCCAAGUAUGGGGUGAGCCAGAUUAUCAAUAGCAAGCUAAACAUCAUAACAAGUCUGGCAGAGUUUGCAAACAUCAGCAGGGUGGAGCUUACAGAGGAGUCUGAGAAAGUGAGCAUGGUAAAAAUCUACCUACAGGAUCUGAAGAUGCUGACCCUGCUGCUGGAAUCAAACAGUGCAAAAGAUCUUGUUUGCCUCAUCAUUGGCUACUACAGACUGUUCGUGGAUGCGAAUGCCUCCAUAUUUACUUGGGGAGAGAAAAGACAGCAACCGCACCGUGUCUCAGCUGAAGAAGGAUAUGAAUCUCGAACCUGCAGUGAUUCUGAAGACUCCUGGGAACUGGAUUCCUCCUCAGAGCAUUGCUUGGGCAUGCCUGCAGCAUACAGCAGCACCCCUCCUGUGUGCGAGAAGGAGCUGGGAGAGCUUCACAGCCGAGAGAAGGACAGAACAAAGCCCCAAGCUGGAGGAAGUGACCAACACGAUGCGGGUGGCAACACAACAGACAGUACAUCUGAGGCUUCAGAUUCAGCCAACACAGAGAGCCGAGGGUUUAAGACAAGUGGCUCAAGUGACUCAAUGGAUGCACUGGAGGAAGAUGAGUUGGAAGCUUGCUCUUCCUCCAGGCCAGAGUUCUUCCACUUCUACACACCAACUGUGCACGAAAUGAACAACUCAGAUGAGAGUUUCUUCCCCAUUUGUGCUGCAGAAGGCUCCAGAAGGGCAGAAGCCAGGGACUUCUUCUGUUUCUUGCAGGUACCAGAAGCAGAGGAGCAUGAAUGUGAGCACAGCCCCUGGGAGGAGAGAGGAGUGGACAUAGGUGUGUCUAUGCUAGGGACCAAGCUAUCUGACAGAAAUGCCAUGGGCUAUUACAGCCUGUGUUGCAGCGUAUCGCCUGCAGGUAGUGUAGAGAAGAGCAACAUCAGUCACAGCCUUGGAAGAAGUCCUUGGAAAGAUGUGUCUGCCCAGGAAGAGGCACACUGUGGAGCGGAGCAGGUAGCAGAAGCAAGCGAUCUCAUUUUGGAGCCACCCCCAGGCUUUGGUGACACCAGCUCAGAGGAAGAGUUCUACGACGCUGCAGACAGCCUCAGCCCCCCAGACACCCUGGCAGCAGGCUACAAGAUGAUGUCCCAGGAAGGUAUAGACAACUCCUGCAUGCUAAAGAAACCAAGGUGUUACAGCCUGGCGGAAAACCUAAUGACAAGGCAGACAGCAAGAGAGAAGUAUGGAAAGAAGAAGCAGCUGACAUAUGCCAAGAGCCUGAGGAAGAGGAGAUCUUUUCUGAAAACCAAUUACACCUCACAGGUCACUUUCCCACUGGCUUUACCAGACUCUAUGCAGAGCUACUGCACUUGGCCACCCACACCACCACUGCUUGCUCAGCCCCCAGAUCCACCCUCCCCAGAGAACUUCAAGAAGGAUGCAGAAUCGGGAUUUCGUGCUGCCACCCAGGCCCAGAGAGACACUGCUAGCACAAACCCAUCCUCUGACAUGAUCGAAAUGGAGCCUGACACCAUGGAAACAAAGUCAGUGACUGAUUUGGUGGUUUCUUCCAUUUCAGCUGUUCGCCUGCAGGGUGACCACAGGGAGGAGAGUGCAGAUGUUGCCAUACCUGUGGAUGACCUUUGUCCAGCACGUGCUGUAUACCCACCUUUCUUGUUCCUGGAGGAACCCAUGUACCUUCCCAGGGAACAAAGCAGAGUUGUCCAUGAAAGUCCCACAAUGAAGGUAAAUACUGGGUGGCCAAGUGAUGAGAGUUGUGUGAGCAUCGGAGAUUGGCUGGCCCAAGCAGCACUGGGAGGGGAGGGUGAGAUGAUGGAAGCCAAGCAUGAGGCUGGCAAUGUCCCUCUGUUCCAGGUCCAAGAGGUGACUUGCCCUCCUAAUGAGUGUACUCUGCCGUCUUCAUGCCGUGAUGCCAGCAUGGCCAUUCCCCAUGGGGUGACACGGGACCAGGAUCUGCUUCCUACUGCUGGGAGGCAAGCUACAUGUGAGGAGCCUGUCCUGGCUCCCUGUGAGGAAGGAAAAGCUAACCUUGACAGCUGUGCUGACUACAAGAGUGACCAUGCCUCAUCACAGGCAAAAAACAGACAAGAAAUAAACAAGGAAGCCUUACAGAAAGUGCACAAUAAAAAUCACAUGGGCUUUCCAGAUGCAACCCAGCUGUUAACAGAUUGCAGCAGCACCUCAGGGGUUAUAACUCGCCUCUCCUGGCUCUCAUUUGGUGCGAGAUCAGACCUAACUUCACCCAGCCCAUCUCAGAAGAGGAUAGAUGCCCCACUAGAGCUUUUGGACUCUCAGAGGACCAGUAGGUGCCUAGAGGCUGAUGUUGUCAGAAAGGAGAUGCAGACAUCCUCAGCUACACUAUCCUUUGAGAAAGAGUUGAAAAGCAGACAUGGGCUGGAUGAAGGGGAGUCCAGAAAAGACACAGAAAAUGUUGUUCACGAACAGACUUGGUCUGUUCAGACUUCUCCCAGAGAACAGGUUACAGAAGUGGAGAAAGACUCUCCCCUGACUCCUUCUCAAGGGCUUUCCAUCUCCUCAGGCCCAAUUCCCUUGGGCUCAUUGGAAAAAAGAGCAGGAGACCACAGGACUUCAAAUUACUCCUUCCUCUGCUUUAACCAUAAGAAGGAUGAGCAGGCACUUUCUGGACCCAUCAUGACCAGAUUUUGGGGAUUUUCCAUGAUGAAGACAUCACCACCACAAUUUGGAAUGGACAAGUGCAGCUGUCAGCUAUCCUAUGUCAGCUGCUUCCACAGGCCUGAUGAAGAAGGAGAGCAGGAAACCACCAUUCCUAUGUGCAGCUUGUUUCUGCAGCCCCUCACUACCCCACCAUCUACCAACCGCAGUCUUCCUGGGUCCUCUGUGGACAGUGACCCUGUGACCAUUGCUAGGGACAAGGCUGUGUGGGACCCUCAUGUCCAAGCCCUCAGCCAGCUGAAUGACCAAGCACAGAUGAGCCCCGCAGACUUCUCCUGCUUCCUAGCCUACACUACAGAGCUCCAGGAGGUUGUGGGAAACCUCUCAGGGAGCCAAGCAACCCACCUGCAAGACCGAUGUGCUGAGCAAGGUGCUGAGAGCAAGGGUGCCCUUGGCUUAGCCUCCCAGGACCUGCUGUCCAGUUGCAAGGAGCUUCUGAAAAUAGAGCGGCCACUUGAAGAACUGCAGGAUGCUUUGAGGGUGACAUUUGGGCACCUUGUUCAGCUGGCAGUGGCCUGCUUCCAGGUGACACACUGCCGGCUGUGCAGGCAGAGGCAGCAGGAGCUCAGGGCCGCGCUCAUGGAUGUGGUAGGCACCUAUCACCAGUUUGUGCAGGCUGUUCACCAGCAGCUUCACAGGCAAGGCUGCCCAGACCUGGGCACCAAGCUCCUCACUCGCCAGCACACAGCCCUUACUGCUGCCAUGUUUUGCCUUCUGCAGCAGUUCAGGGUACCCCCGUUGUUUUGACAGGCCAGUUGGUGGCAGAGGGAUGCAGUGAGUGGAGAGGAGCUCAGAUGUGUUCCCUCCAUGAAUUACCAGGCUCUCCUGCCUAGGAUGUUUAGACCCCCAGCUCAGCAAAUAGUCAUGGAAGGACAUGUCCAUGCACAUUGGCAACUGCCCAGUUCAAGGGUGGCCAUGGGGAAGGGCAUGCCCCGCUCUAGCCAAGCUUUGUGUAAUUCUGUGUACACAAGCACUGUGUAAUAUGCAAACUCAUAGAGCAGUUCAGUAACUUAUAUAUCUAGCCUGGGGUUCAUCCCUCACCUCCUGAAUGCUUUGCAGAUGGCCAGUCUCAGGGUGGUGUCCUAGCCGCCUUCUGUCAGCUGUGGAGAGAGCCUUUUGUCUGCCUUUCCUCAGUCCUUACAAAAACGCCAGGCAGGCUCUGAAGUUGAGUGAGAUCAAAGCCCACCCUGGUCUGACAAAGAAACUCAGGCUGCUUGGUCCAGCAUCUGUGGCUGAGCUUGUGAUAGAAAACACUUCAGGGGGAAAAAAUAUAUAUGCUGUUUAACUGCUUUUGCAAAGGUGAUAGAGAAGGUUUUCCCAGGCUGGGGAUACACCAUAUCCUCUCCUUCUGACAUGGUUUCUGCAUGUCAGCCAUAUCUUCUGUUUCCAUUUGCUGAUGCUAAAGAAAGUCCCUAAUCAGCAUCCUCUUCCCUUUGCCCCCCUUGCCAUGACAUAACAGCUAUUUAAGAAUCCCUGCCUUCCGAAAAAGGAAGUCCUAAGACUGAAGUACCAACUUGACAGCCAUGGAGAUGAACCAUGAUGUUAGCCUCCCUUGGAGAAGGCACGCCCCUUUUGCCAACUUUCUUGUCAAUAGCUCGUCUUGCAUUAUGUGCUAGGUAUCCCUAGCUACAUAUGAGCUGUUAGCAUGUAAAUGUUUUCUAAGUUGUCUAGUCAAUCAGUGUGCCUUCCACUGCUGGAGGCACAUCCUCAGCUCUCCAGUGAUAAAGAAGGCAGCAAAAGGUUGCUGAGUGCUAUUUUCUGACUUAGGAAUUUGUUUGCAGGGGGUAGUGCUUUCAACAGUCCCUGCAGAUGAGUGUGCUCAGAAUGGAGCGGGUCUGCCUAAGGCAGCAAAGGGGAGCAGGCAGACUCUCAGCUGCCUUGUUCCAUGCAAGGUCACCCCAUGUCAUGUGCCGAGGCAGUGGGUGGUCAGGACUGUCCCAUGAUUCUAGAGUAAAGGACAAGUCCUUGCAGCUGAACCCUGGUGCAGGAGAUGGAGGCAGCUGAGGGUGCUGGCUGGUGGGUGCUACAUGGAUGCUCUAGCAGUCCUAAGGCACCUCGCAAGCCGGGGAGAUGCUGAAAAGCACCCAUAAGAAUCUGGCAGCCUUUAGCAGCUCUACAUUGACUCCACUGUAGGUGCUGCCUCUCACUGUGCACCUACAGGCAGCAAGCUACCCGAGGGCCAUCUGCUUUCCUGGCUGCAGAGGCUAAAGUGCCUUCAGCCACUGGGGAGGAUAGCUGAAUAUUCACUGAAGCAGGAUUUCGUGACAGUUAUCGCUGGCAGGUUGUUUUAGUUAGUGUGUGUGCUGCUGCCUAACACUCUCAGGGGAUGAAUUAGCAAGUUAAAAUCUUAUACUUAAGCCAAAGUGCAGACUUGGUGUUUUAGCAGGGUGCAGUGACACCUAACUAUGCACUAACAACUGAUGAGCAGGGCAAUGCGACUAUAAACAGGAAGAGCCCAUGGGAUACAAUAAAGCAACAGGCACCUGCAAAGACAAAUUCAGCCUAUAUGGGGAUCAACAACUACUGCCUAUCAACAGCUUUAGUCAUUGACAGUAGGUGUUCUUGUUUGUUUUUAAAGCAACAAUGACUUCAGUAACUUUAUCUUGUGCGCAUCAAAAAAAUGCUCU